AUGGAUUUGGUGGCCGGGAUUCGUCAACUGCGUGUGCAAUCGACUUCCUCUUCCGAGAGCGAGCCCGUGUUCAUGCCUGCGAAGCCGAUGGAAGCGAAUCCUCUUGGAGAGCCGGUGGCGUUGUGGAGCAACGUAUUUCCUGUGAAGGUGCAUGAACAUGGUGUGAAGCUUUAUCAAUAUGAAGUGGACGUCUUCCUCUCCAAGAAGCCAUUCACCGAUGACAUGGAGGAAAAGGACAAGUUUGUUGUCACCCGGACUCCAUUUCACGGUGCUCGUGCUGCUCAGGGGAAAGAAAUCUGCGGCAAGUUGAUGGAGUGCGUCUUUAAACAAGAAGAGGUUCUGCCUUGGAAUAAAGUCUUCUACGAUCACCAUCGAAUGCUCUUCACCACUGAGAGGAUUGACAAUGAGGGAGAAAGUAUCUUCUGCCAAAUUCCACUGAAAGAGAUGGAACGUGACGAGCCAGUCUUCAAGCCGUUCGCUUACGGAAAAGUUGAACUUGUUUACAAAGGAGAGCUUGAGUUCUCCGAGAAGUCUAUCUCAACUUUGAAUGGCGCUCCGAGUGGGAUUGCACGUGCCAAGUUCCUCGGAAAAUUCGUGGAGAUUGCUGCAUCAAAAUAUUGCUUGGAUGGCGUUGUCAAUAAUCACAGCGAGCAGCAUAAAGCAGCGAGCGCUUUCUUGUAUUUGUCUGGAAACCGAGUCUACUCGACGCUUAAUGGAGAAACGCUUCCCGAAGGCAAAGAAUUACUACUCGGCUUGCGCAAGACCUUUGAUUUAAUCGAAGGAACUCAAGGACGGGGACACGUCGAAUUUGGAAUCCCGAUGGACGCAUCCAAAGUCUGCUUCAUUCGAGCAAAUUUUGCCAUUGAGACUGCGAAGCUAGUAUGCAAAAAGACCUUCCAGGAGCCCAACAUGUUUACCCGUGAAGACGUGGAGAAACUCAAUCGCGUGCUAAAAGGCGCUGUGGUUGUGGCUCGCUACUCGAAUAUUCAUCAAAACAUGAAGAUCGACAAGAUAGUGAUGGAAAACGCUUGCACGCAGUCGUUCAAGACAGACUUAAAGUCUGAGGAGACCACGUUUACUGUCGAAGAGUAUUUCAGGACGCAACGUAACGAGACGCUCAAAUAUCCGUACGCUCCUCUUGCCCAGGUUACUCGAGGCGGCCGCCAGAACUAUUUUCCUUUGGAGUUUCUGGGAAUCAUGGCAGGCAACGUCGUUCACACAGAAAAGCAAACACCAGAAAUUAUGUCCACGAUUGUGAAGUCAUCGGCGAUGGUUCCGUUGGCUCGGAUGAACGCAAUUAUUGACCAGGCAAAUCAACAAAAAGUGCUCGGUGUAAAGGAGAUGGCUGGAUUAAUUGUGGAACAGAAUCCUUAUGAAGUUAACGGACGAAUCCUUCCUCCACCACAAUUCCAAUAUCAAGGACAAUCCGUCAGUCAACCACUUGACGAACGAGGAAGCUGGAAAAUUCCCAUGCGAUCUCAAUACGCCAUCACAAAGAAGGUCAUUAGGAAGUGGGCAUUCUUCGUCGUUAAAGAUGGUGAACUCUCCUUUGCGCCAAAUCCUUUCAUGGCAAGACUGAUCCUGGAGUGCAAUGCAAAAGGACUUUGCGUUCCGGCCUUUGCACACUCAGGGCUAAUUCGAUCUGACCAACUUGAAGCAACGUUCCAAAAACUGGUUGUUGAUGAGUACGACUUUGCUUUCUUCGCUAUGGAUGAUCAACUCAAACUGCAGGAUCAGCUGAAGUACCUGGAGCGGAAAUACAGCGUUGCAACUCAAAACGUCAAGCUCUCAACUGUGGAGGUGAUUGUUAGCAGCUCCGGCCGUCCAGCGACAGUUGCAAACAUUGUGCAAAAGCUCAACUGCAAGAUGGGCGGUUUAAACCACAGUUUGGCAAGACAAGGCACGCAAUUUAACGAGUCUUUCAAGGACGGAAACAUUUUUGUGCUAGGAAUCGGUGAUGUUAUGCCAUUGGGAAACACGCCAGGCUUGGAAGUUGAGGGUAAUCUCCCUGUUGUGCUUUCGUAUGCUGGCAACUUUUCAACUGUACCAAAUGCACUUAUUGGCGACUUCAUGAUCGAGAAUCUUCCGCUUGACGAUGCAAAAAUUUCUGGCGCCAAAAUCUUUGACAAAGUGUGUGAGGCUAUGGCGGGAGCAAAGCGAAGGAUGCCAAAAAACGUCGUUAUUUAUCGCAUGGGCUCCACUGAUCUCGACAUGAAGCGCAUUAUGGAACAGGAAAUCAAAGAAAUUCGCGGGAAGCUUGAUCAAGAUGCACGAUUGCUUUACAUUAUGGUACACAAAGAUCACGCCGUCCGCUUCUUCAAGAAGAAUCUGGUCGCAAGGGAAAACCCAACGAAGCAGAACAUCCGUCCUGGUACCGUUGUCGACACUUGCGUCACGCACCCACAUCAUCGAGAAUUCUACCUGAAUGCCCAUGUUGGAUUGCAAGGAACGGCAAAAACGCCACGCUACACCGUACUUUAUGAUGAUUCCGAUAGCACAAUGGCCUACCUGGAGGCAAUGACGUAUGAUUUGUGCUUUAUGCACCAAAUCGUGAACUUGCCCACAGCACUUCCAUCUCCACUGCGAAUCGCCGAAGAGUAUGGAAACCGUGGAAAGCGGAUCCUUCUUAAGCACUGGGAGGAAAAUGGAGUCGACACCGGAAACUUUCAAAACUUGAAGCAAGCCCUCGAAUACAAAUACGCUGAGAAGUUCAAGGACCGCAGAAUUAAUGCU